AUGAUGAACAAGGAAAAUAGUUUAAUGAGCAAGGAGGUGUUGAAUAUUACUCUUGAGAUAAUCUUCCUUCUGACUGGAGAGGUAAGAAUUAUUUUAAUGUUAGACCUUAAUUCUUGUUGUAUUCGUUACAAGCCACUUGAAAUGAAAAUGGCAGUGUAUCCUGUCGCCUAAUUUUUGUGCAGAUCGCUCAUUUAGCCCAUCCACCAAUUGCAGUUCCUGAUUGUCCUCAAACAAUAAAAUGAUGACCUUAAUAUAGUCAUAACAUCUAUAUCCCAGAACGUAAUAAAAUUGAGAGGAAAUUUCAGGGUGAUCUUAAUGAUCAAACACAAUUUACGCAUACAUACACAAUUCUACACAAUUAGUGUGCCUUAAGAAAAUAUGCCAUUUUGUAUAUAACUGAAUCUCUGUCCUCAAUCCAAGGCAACAAUAACCCACACACAUAUGGAUUAGUCAUGGUUUUUUUUUAAAUUCUUUUUUUAUAUUGCAUAAAUAUGGUGGGUACACUGUUCCAUCAGAGAGUUCUAAAGAACCGUUUCUUCUUCCCCUGCACAGUGGGAUGCUGGGAGCUACUCAGCAAAUCACAGAUUUUGAUUGGCUGCUGUUAUCACGUGCUCUCUGCAUUCUUUUUUUUCGUUUUGUUUUGUUUUUUUUAUCAGUAACUGUCACUGAGGAUUUGAAAAUUGUGAUGCAAAGAUGACCAUCUCCACAUUGAAACACUGUCAGAUCUUCGAGUGGUAAUUACAGUUGAACUUAUUAUAGCUUGGUUAGAUGAAAAUAAUAUGUUGGGACCACUUUUUUUAAACCAGCUUAUGGAAAGUGACAUUGUCACAGUCUGCUCGAUUAAAAACAGGGUAAUAUAAGAGAAAAUUGAAAAUGCUUAAAGGGACACGCUAGGCACUUUAACAACUUGAUCUUACUGAAGUUGUUACAGUGCCUGCAGUCCUGCCAACCCCCCAUCCCCCACAAAACUCAAUAUUAAGACUAAUUAGUAGGCUUAGAAGUGUGGCUUCAAGCCAUGUCUCAAAGUCCUCUGGGUACAAGAGCCGGGAAUCCUACUUGCCACUAACAUCAGUGAUGUCACACGUGCAUGUGCAGUAACAUCACGGCCAGCCACAGAGAAUUACUGAAUACAGUGAUUCACUAUGGAGGAACCGUAGGUGCAGCUGAGCGAGCACCACGCAUGUGCCUUUGUUCUUCAAUGCUCCUCUAUGAUGAGCAUUAGUUUGACCCACGAUCCUGAAGGCACAACUUGAGGAGAAGGUCACAGCAGCACCGAGAGAGAUUCUGCACUGGAGCAUAGGUUUAAAAAAAAAAAUGUAUUUCUUCGUUCACGAUGGAGGGGUGGGGGGCGGAAGAGUAAGGGACACCAGAACUGUAGCGUAGAUAUGUAUUUCUAACACUGCAGUGUUCCUUUGAAGGACCAAAAAGUAUAACUUUUAACUUUAUUUUAAUGAAAUAGCAAAGUGAAAUUUCAUGGGCUGCCCUACUUUUUGAAGUCUAUCUCUCUUUAAUAAUGAAGAAAGAUUGUCCAUAGGAACAAAAGACAGAUGUAAUAUCACCUGCUUAUUUGCAGUACUAGAAUUUACAUUUGGAAAUAUUUAAGAUUCUGGUAAACUACACGCCCCCUUAGAGAGAUCAACGGUUUUAUAUUUUAGGGUGGGGGGUUUGGCCUGGAAUUUGUCACAGUCACCACUGUGAGUUAUAAGUGCCAAACCCUUAUUUGCCAGGAUAGUCCUCAUUCCAUUCCACUACCCAAAAUACAAAAAAAUAUAAAAAUCACUGUUUAUUAGAUAUACCUCCAAUGAAAACAUGCAUGCAUCUAGUUAUACAUUUUACAUUAGGGGUAUAUUAAAAAACAGUCUGCAAGCCCUUGCCUUUCCCAUAUUUUCUGUAGCAGUCCAAUUACAUACUUCCAAUGCAGCUCAGUUGAGCUAAACAGCCAGGAAGUAACUGGGCCUGUUGUCUUAUUGACAGCCAAGGGGGUGUAACAAGGUAAUUUUAUAAAAGUGCAAACUUCUAUUGAAAUCUGUAAUUUUUGUAAAAUUAAAAAUGCAUUUUAGCAAGCAGAAGUGCUUUAGUGGUCCAUCUCCAUUCAAGGGAAUUUUUUAUCUUUUAAGUAACCUUCCUAGAAUCCUACACCACAAAAAAACAUGUUAAAAGGACACUACCACUUUUUAUUUUAUUUAAUUAGUUGUUCUCCUUAUUGUGAGAUUAUGCCCCCUCUCCUCAUUAAAAAGUAUCCAGUGAAGUCAUCAAUUAUAUUAACUUUAAUCCAAUUCUUUUCAUAGACCACAUGGUCAGUUUGAUGCAUUUUAUAACAAAGUAUUUAAUCCAUUGAUUCUCUGUAUGAUGCCUUAGCCAAGGGGUCCUCAAACUGUGGCCCUCCAGAAGUUGCUGAACGACAACUCCCAUGAUUCUCUGGAUAUCUAUGUAAUUAAAAGAAUCAUGGGAGUUGUAGUUCAGCAACAUCUGGAGGGCCACAGUUUGAGGACCCCUGCCUUAGCCUUAGCGGUGUGCAUGAUGAUACAAAGAAAUGUAGCGAUUUUGGUGCUUUGAAAGUGUACCUUUUUAACAUCAACAUUAUCGGGUUACUUCAAUCGACAUAGCAACUACAACUUAAAGGAACACUAUAGGGUCAGGAACAAGAACAUGUAUUCCUGACCCUAUAGUGUUAAAAAUACAGUCUCGCUCCCCAUGCCCUCUAAAUAUAGUCAAAUCCUUUUAUUGCACUCUGCUGCUGCUGGCUCUGAUCCUGAUCUGCCUGCUUGGCUGACAUCAUCAGAGGUGUUGAUCUGAGCAAAUCACAAUGCUUUCCCAUAAGAAAGCAAUGGGUUGGCCGAGACAUUCAUGGAGGCAGAUCGGGGCAGAGCCAGUGCAUAUCCAUGAGGAACGUUCAGUGUCUCCAUGCAGAGGGUGGAAAAACUUAAUGGCAGUGCCCCAGGAAGCACUGGCAUUCAGCAUUGUGCAGCACUGCCCCAGGAAGCACCUCCAGUAGCCAUCAGAGGAGUGGCCAGUGGAGGUUUCCCUAAACAGUAAUGUAAACACUGCCUUUUUUCUGAAAAAACUGUGUUUACUGCAAAAAAGCCUGAAGGAAAUGAUUUAAACUCACCAGAACAAAUCUGUAGUUGUUCUGGCGACUAUAGUGUCCCUUUUAAGUGGUUAUGAAUGCAGGAAUACUUUGGCCCAGUUCCCAGGUAAUUGGGCAAACCAAUUAGCAACAGUUUGUAUUUUUAUCUGGGUCCACACCAGGCUACGAUACUCCCUUGUGAUCCUGUGAUGCCCUUCCAGCUUCUGCUCACCUGCAAAAACGUAAAGCCACGGCCAUCACCCCAUCACCAUUCAUUGACAUUCUGUGCAUCGAAAGUUUCACAGAGUUUACAUUAGCCAGCCCACAACGCUAGUUCCGGAUUGGCUGACACACCAAAAACACUGCCAAAGGUGAAAUCUCAGGGAUUAAACUCUGUAUGUGCAGUAUUCAUAGAAAAUACGAUGCAAAUACAGACUUCAGGCUACUUCACAAUAUAUUAUCCUGGUGUGUGUGUGUAGGGAAAAAUCCCUUCAACUUAGAACUGCACCUUUUGGAGUGGCAUACCAUCUGUGUGAGAGGUGGAAGAGGGAUUAGAAGAUGAAUAGUAAAGGGUCCAUGGUAGUAGGAAAUGGAAUGACAUGUGGAGAUAUGGAAUGAGUAAUAAUGGAUAAAGAAAAUUUGAAUGAGAAGAGAAAAUGGUAGAUGGAAUAAAGAAGGGAAGACAGAUGAAAGGGAUAUUUAAUAGCAAUAGGAGUGAAGAGGGAGCAAAUGUGUAGAUGUCAUUAGGCAAAAGCAUUGUAAGGAGAGAUUGAAUGAGGUAGAAAUGGAGGAUGGGAGAAUAAGGAGGUUGAAUUAGGAGGGGAGUAAGGAACAGGCUGAGUAAAUGAAAAUAGGUGGAGGAAGGAUGGGUAGAAAGUGAGUUAAUUCGGGGGUUGGAAUAGGGUACACUAUUCAUAUCGAAAUAUUGUUUAAAAGAUUAAAAUAAUUUAACAAAAAAACAGGUGGUGGUAGUGUCCAUUUAAACUAUAUUUUGGCUUAUCAUGUUGAAUGUAUAGUUUCACCUGCUGUAGGAUAGCUUUUUGCAUUCCAAAUAAUAAAGUCAGUAGGGGUAACCAAUAAAUGUACAACAUGUACUCAAAAUCUUUUGUAGCUUUUUGCAUUCCACAGAAAGUUACUAUAUUCUGUAAAUGUAUAUGCACUCUCCAAACCUUUACUGCACCCUCUUAUCCUUAAAGGAACACAGACUUCUUCAUAGUUUGUCUUAAUGUUCUUAAGACCUGAAAUGUUUAUACACCCAAACAUCUGCCUUCAUAUUUUCAAUACAUAUGGUGAAAGAAAGUAAUGUGCUUUCUGUAGGAAUGUUUCUUAGUGUUUCUCCUCAUUUAGGAUUAUAUUAUUGUGAAGAAAACAAGUGAGUUUGUCACAGAUAACAGUUCCCGUGUGUCAGAUGAGUCUAAGAAGACCCAGAGAAUCUGUAUGGAACCUCCCCCUAACUCACUGCUGCAAUUAAGAAACAAUGAGAAGCAAAUCCUAACACUCACAGGCAGGAUCAUUUCACUGUUAACCAGAGAGGUGAGCACAUUGCCAGAAACUACACAAUAGACAAAAUCAAGCAAGCAAUGAGUAAUAACAUAAUAUUGUUCUACUGUUUAUUUUCACGGUUUAGGGUUUUGAUAACAUUGAAGAACAUAACGAGCUCUACAAGGAGGAUAUGGAGAAUCCCCCGCUGCUCAUCUCACUCGGUAAGUGGAGAGUUGAAAUUACUGUUAUCCUGUUUUCACUUAUUUUACUAUUAUACUUUAUUUGUAUAGCGAGGAGGUAUUUUUUGCUAUUACACUGAUCUUUGUAUCUUGUUGAAGGUCAAGUGAUUUUACCUGCUUUUCUACAAGAUGCAAUAUCUACAGACCUUUGAGUAAGAACUGCAAUUUAUAAUAGAGCACAAUCCAAUAACUGCAUCAUGUUGUAUUCGAUUAGCUAAUGAGCAAUGGUAUUCUCUAUUAUCCAUAUUAUCAUAUCUACUCCCAGGAUCAGUCCAUUCAAGUAAUUUACAGGGCAAACAUUACACUGGCACAUGGGCAGGGUACAUUUAUAUGGAGGAUCGAAGGCUCCAUGUCAAAGAGAGAAAUCACAGCUUCAUAGGAGGAAGUAUAUACUGCUACAUGGGCAGCAUUGCUACUCUUUCCAAAAAGGCAACCAUUUAGAGCAAACACAAAUGUGUAUUAGGCUGUCUCCCCUACUAUGAAUCUGAUAAAAUCAAAUUGGGAAAGCAAGAUUACUGUAGUAGAAUAUUACAUUAUGUUCUAAUGGGGGCCUUCAUCAUGCGGCCCGUGUGCUGGAUAUCUCUAGGUUACGACUGUUAAGUUAUGUCCUUGUCCAAUAUCUUUGUGAAAUCUUUGGUACAUGAGUUGUUGGUCUAUGUGCCUCAGCCAGCAACCCCUGUAAUUUGUUCUGAUAACAAAUCCUUCCAGGACAGGGUUAAAGAAGAUGCUAGCCAAACUUCAUAGCCUGUCACGGGUAAGUAUUUUAUUUGUUUUAAUGUUUCAAUGGUUUUCUUUUUCUUUGUUUUUCUUUUCAGCAUAGGUCAGAAAUGUGAUAUCUUUGAAUACUUUUUUUAAGUAUAGACAUUACAUUUAUGCUAAAUAUACAAAUAUUCAAAUAAAGAGAUGGUUAAAAAAAAUACAAAUGAGCAGAUGCUGUGUUACGUAAAUGUGCUUCCAGAAAUUAUUUAUAUUUUUCAAAGAGAAUUGAGUAUGAUGAAAUUACAUUAUUUUUGGUUGGACAUUGUUUUAGUAUGGCUAAUCAUAUGAAUGAAAGAUGUUACUCUUCUUGUUUUAGUGUAGUACUGGUACAAGUCCAACAAAUGGUAACAGCUUAUUGGUCCAAGGAGAGAUCUGACAUCCAUUCUGAUGUCAAGUAGGAUUUUUCCUAGUUUGUUGCAAAAUUGGAAAGUGCUUCAAACUGUGUUGUUUUAUUUUUGUUGUUUUUUUGCUUUCUUUUAGAUCAGCAAAAACAGAUGUGAGAAAGGCUGAACUUAAUGGAUGCAUGUCUCUUUUCAGCCUAUGUAAAAGUGUAUUAGCUACCCUUUAACAAUGUCACUUUUCCAACACAAGUCCAAAUGUUGGGGUGUCAUUCUGUACAGGUCAAUUGAUGUGAUAUUCUACAUUGAGAGUACUUUGUUAUUGCAUCCUUGCAUUGAUAACAGCUGUGCAACUCAAAACUCAAACAACAAAGCUUUUUGCCAAUUCUUAUCUGAAAGAUUCAGAUGAGGUUCUUUUAACCAAUCUUUUCUGGCGUCCACAGUCUGUAUCAGUACAUUCAGUCCUCCGUGUUUAAAUACUCAGUUUGGUUCAGAUCCAGACAAACACCUUCCGCUCCUUGACCUCUGCGUCUGAAAUCACUUACGUGUUUUGAUUCUUUCAUUCUGUCUGUUAAAUCAGCCCAUCUGCUUUCUUCACAAUGACGUCACUGCCGGAUGGCACAUAACACUGUUUGUGUUUGCGUUCCAGCCGUAUUGUUAGGAAGUUCUUGUCCAAUCCAUCUAAAUUGAGUGUGUCCGUUUAACCCUGUGUUUAAUGUUGUACCUAAAAUUUCUAUAUUUGUUUAUAUAUUUUUUUUUGUAUUCUUUGGUUUCGCACAUAUAGGCUUUGGAUGAGCUUUUAAAUAGUUAUUGUGACUAUUUUUGGGGAAUCCUUUUCCUUAUUCUUUGAAUUAUCACUGUAUUAGUGUGGAGGAUUUUUGCCCUUUUACUACUUGCACGGCUGCAAACACAUAUUAGUUUAAUUUCAAUUUUUGCACUGCACAAUAUUGAUUUAUCAUAAUUACAAAUUGAUAUUAUUCGCGCUAAUAUUAAACAAUGCUCAUUACUGGACAUUUCUUGAUUAUAAAGGUUGACUGUGAUAAGGUAAGCAACAACACUUCAAACCAGUCCUAAAGGCAAACCUACCAAUCCGGGAUUUAGGCAUUACUCAGUUAGACAAGGUGUUUGUUUUUAGUUUUUGUUUGUUUACCUUUCUAAAAACACCCGAGGCACACCUGGGUGAUCCCUAAAUUCUGGACUGGUAGGCAUGCCUUGAGUACUGGUUUGGGAGGUAAGCAAAAUUCAGCAUUCCAGAUGUUGUGGAAUACAUCUCCCAUAAUGCUGACAAAACCUCAGGAAAGUUUUAGUCCACACCAUCUGGAGAGCCUAAGGUGGCGUAUUCUAGACGUUCAAGGUACAUGAGAAUUUGUUCAUAUCGUUUAUCUGUGCUUGCCCAGGUCCUUUUACCAAAGUUUUGAUCAAGUUGAAUAAUCUAGCGAUAUGGAUUGGUAGUGCCUUUACUAAGACCAAGAGUAGUAGUGACAUGUACAUUUUUUAAAAAUGCUGCAAAAGACAUUUAUGAUUCUUUAAAUAAACUCACUAUUUAGUGCAUUCCCCUCAGCAGCUAUCCACUUUUGAACUUCACCCAAAAAUUAGUGUAUAAAUACGCCAUGCAUCUCCAGAUAAUCAGUACAUAAAAUAAGUGUGUGUGUGUGUGUGUGUGUGUAUAUAUAUAUAUAUAUAUAUAUAUAUAUAUAUAUAUAUAUAUAUAUAUAUAUAUACACACACACACUUAUUUUAUGUACUGAUUAUCUGGAGAUGCAUGGCGUAUUUAUAUAUAUAUAUAUAUAUAAUUUUACAUAUAUAUUGUUAUUAAAGGGUAAUAGUUGAAAACCUAUUUACACAUCUGGGACCUUUUUGGACUAGUUCGUAAUCUUUUGCACUUGUUCAAAAAUAAUAAUAUUUCCUAAAGGUCCUUCAUGAUGUUGCUUGCAGGAAGCAUUCACCUUUCUCACAGCGAUGUCUAUAAAAGAAAGCAUAAAAAUAGCACUUUCUAGUGCAGAUACAUUUUUCACAAGUAUUCCACAUAAAGGUAAGCAAAUACACUCACUUGUUAAAUGCUGCCAGAAAGAAUCAGGUGAUGUGUCUAUAUAUGAGUGUCACUCCAAAUACCUUUUAUAAAUCAAGUGUGUCCACAGAUUAGUCUUCAGAUGAACAUAUUGAUAAUGUACACCAAUAGAAACUAUUGAAAGUGGCUUGCCAAGUUGGUGAGAAAAACAGCAUACACAGAUUGUCACAUCAACACUUUAUAUUUAAAAGUCCAGUUUUUGUCUUCAGUGCAUCCUGCAGUCACACAUUUCACCCUAUCCUCAGAUGAUUCCUGCGUUCUCUCUCAUCAUAAUUUAAAUGCAACUUCGGCUCCACCCUUUGUUCCCCAGUUAGUCAAUCUCCGUUAUAGGGAAGUGUAACAAAUUGUGGAAUACAAAAGUGAAUGUAUGUCACUUAUUUGUGUGAACAUUUUUAAAACCGGACAAUUGAAUAGAUGCAGCAACAACCUUAUGUAGUGCAAAGACCCAAUAAAGAAUUACAAUACAUGUAAAAUUGUUCUGCUAUGCCUUUAAAUACACUACAACCAUUUAAUAUAUUGAGUAAGAUGAAUAUGUAAUCUUAUUGAAUAAUACAUGUAUUGCAAUAGCAAACAAAAAUGUAAUUUAAAAAAAGUGCAAAUGACUGACUUUGUAUACAUAUAAACAAGGAAGGGUGGAACAAUAUAAAGUGCAGAAAUUCAGUUAAUGAUAGUGUUUGCUCUAAUAUUUUGACUUGCACAAAACAAUGCUUUAAUGAAAGAUCACAGUCGGAAAUGCUUAUAGGAUAAAAAGAUGAGAAAAACAACAUAGUGUAAAACUGUUUAAAAAUAUAAAGGGAUGAGUGGAGUUAGGAUGGCACUCACAGAAAGGGAGCAGUUAUGUACUGCUCAGAACAACAGCAAGCAGCUUUUCAGUGAAUUCAAUAUACAUGGACGGUUGUACAGGAAAAAGACUUUAUUUCAAAUAGUUAAAAUCAAGACAGCCCACAGUUUGCCUCCAAAUUCAGCAUACAGUUUGGCAGUUUUCUCUGAAAAGACGACACAGAGAGCUACACUAUUUGCUUCCGAUGCUGUUAAUGAAUGGUGAACCAGCUAGCAGCAUACAGAAGCUAGCCGAGGUGAGUAUAAAUCAGAGUCUCCGAGAACAAGACAGUAUUUCUUUCAGGGGCCGGGGCAAAGACGUCUUAAGUGAUGACUAGUUUCACAUAUUUAGCUUUCUUAGAUCGCUAUCGUUAAAUACUAAAUACUGAAGUAUUCUCAGAUACUUGGACUUACACUAACCUUAACUAAGUUUUGUAUGCUGCUAGCUGGUUCACCGUGCAUUGGCCGUAUCGGAGGCAGUUUGUGUAGCUGUCCAGGUUCUCUGUCUAUUUGGAGGCAUUUGACAAACUGUAUGCUAGAUUCAGAGACAUUUGCCAAAUUGCUGAAUUUGGAGGGGAAUUGCUCACUGUCCUGGUUUUAACUGUUGGAUCUGAUUCAUUCAGGAGCUGCAUUGUUCUAAGCAGUUUCUGCUCCCUGUCUGUGAGUGCCAUCCUAACACUCUCUCCCCAUUGCUUUUACAUUUUUAAAGUUUUAUACUAUGUUGUUUCUCUUGUAUGUGUAAAGCAAUUUAUUAGUGUGUUCACUAUCACUAAUCAAAUUUCUGCACUUUAUAUUGUUCCGUCCUUGCUUGUUUUUGGUUUUAUAUGUAUACAGUCAUUUGCACUUUUUUAAUUUAUUUUUUAAUUUAACUUUUUGUUUGCAUUAAUGAAUGUAUUAAUCAAUUUAUAUAUUCAUCAUACGAUAUUAAAUGGUUAUAGUAUAAUUAAAGGCAUAGCAGAACUUAAUUUUACAUGUAUUGGAAUAGAGGCUUUAUCGGGUCUUUGCACUACAAAAGGCUGCAAAUAUCAACAACAUUUUUUUUUUAUGCAUACACAAUCAUUUGCUCUUUUUUUUGCUAUUGCGAUAAAUGUAGUAAUCAAUUUAUAUAACUGGUCUUAUUAUAUUAAACGCAUAGCACACCUUAAUUUUGCAUGUAUUGAAAUAGGGUAGUAUAAUUGAAGUCCAGUUAUCAAUCACAAUUGGUGAAGUCAUUCCCUAUCCCCUCAUGGUGCACAAUUUAAUCUCUGAAUUUUCAGGUGCCAAAUUCAAAUUUUAUAGAGCAUAUAUAUAUGCAAAAAGUAAGAGACUUAUGUGUGGACUUAUAUAAUCAAUAAUGCAGUAUUUAUUAAAAAGAAGGUUUACAUAAUAUGAUCGACGUUUCGACCCCUCAGGGUCUUCCUCAAGAUCUUACUUUUUGCAUAUAUUUCAUAACGUGGGAUUGCACCAAGGCAUUAAGAAAACCAUUUUUGAAUUGGAGAAAGGGUGAGUGCCAAGCUUUUUGUCUGAUAUAUAUAUAUAUAUAUAUAUAUAUAUAUAUAUAUAUAUAUAUAUAUAUAUAUAUAUAUAUAUAUAUAUAUAUAUAUAAAAUCUGCCCAGCUGCAACUACCUUUUUGCAGUAUGCUUUCAAUUCUGUUGCCAUGUGUUUGCAGGACGCUUUCAGUUCUGUAUUCCAGCACACUCAGAGACCAUUCAGGUGAGACUUUUUUAUUUAAUUUUUUUUAUUCUUUAUUUUAUUCGUGCAUGAGAUAACAAUCCGGUUUGCCAUACCACAAUAGCCGCAGGAAACCAGUGGUUGGAGAGAACGGCGCCAUGCCAGGGUAUCGCUCGAUAGGUCGGCAAAGAAGGUCACUGCCAUGUUUUUGAAUUGUUGGGGCAUUUUUCCCCGUAGUGCAUUAAGGAUUGCAGUUUUGUCCUGGCUAUUGCAGAACGUGACUAUUACGUCCCUUGUAGCUGUAGUUGGCGCUUUUGGCGGUUUGGGGAUACUGAAGAGGUUGUCAGAGUUAAUAUAUUUGGCUUAUGUGGGUGGCAGUAUAUUUAUGAGCAAACGUUUGACUUGUGGCAAUUCUGGCUCGGGUAUCAUGUCGGCGACCCCUCUAACCUUCAGGUUGUUCCGCCUUCUGGCGUCCUCUUGGUCCGCAAAGCGUUGUUCGUGUUUCCGCUGUUGCAGUUGUAAGUCACUUGCAGCUUUGUGAAGUUCGCCGAUGUCCCAGGUAUUAGUUAUGGAUACGCUUUUGAGCGUGCUCAUGCGGCCUGUCAGCCCCUUUAGGUCGCCCCGUAGGGCAGUGACAUCUUGUAGUAUGGCUUUUUUUUUUUUUUUGUAAGGCCGCGAGCAGUCAUUUUAGAACCGCUGUGGCGAGUCCGUGUUUGUCUCGCUUGACUGUGAUGGCCUUCCCAGGAUGGGAGCCGGUAGAUACUCCUCUCCAGAAAGGUCAUCGGAGAAGUCUGAGCAGCCUCCAUGAAGCGUCGCCUUGUUGGGCCCACUUGCACCGCAUGCCUGUCUCCACAUGUCCCCGAUUGUUAGUCCUAAGGUGGGUUUUUCCUGGGUUAUUUUCUUCGUUUUACAUCCCAUGAUGUUUUGGACGUCCAGGGGGCCUGUCUUUUGUAUCGGGUGUAUGUUAUUUGGGGGGAUUUUCUUUGGUUUCUCCGUUUGAUGCCUGGAGCUCUUGGUUAGUGCGACUGCUUCCUUCAACGGUCAGGCUCCGCCCCCCAGGUGAGACUUUUUUGCUUUUGUAUCAUCUCUUGCCUAUAAAAUUCCUCUUAGCUGGUAUAAGCUAUUUUUUAUAUUUCUAUCUCUUGUAGUAUGUCUAACCCCGAGACUUCAGAUAAACCUACUGCAAAAGAAAAAUGUGUGGCAAAAUCUUAGCAUUUGUUUUGUUCCUCCUGCUUGAUGUUAACAUAAUGGAAAUAUCAUUCUAAAAAAUCAUUAUAUCAAAACCCUUUAAAACUAUAUUUGCCAUUAAAGAAGAGUCUGACAAAAAUUGGAAGAACUUGCUGAAAUAGAUGUACCUAUUGCUCAGUUGGGGAAGAAAACCACUCUGCCUAUUGGAGAUCCCAGUGGUCUUCAGGAUGCAAUGGAUAAAAAAAGCAGAGUCAUCAUUGUGCAAACUAUUAUCUGCUACUGCAGCGCAAAACCUUGAUUGCAGGAACAUAUGUAGGUAAGACCCAACAUUUCUGGAUAGAUUUCCAUUGGAAAAAAAAUUAUAUUUUUGAAUCCAAAGAAGACUCUUUUACAAUGCUACAAAACAUUAGAAUGGCAUCAGAUUUUCGUUCAGAUUCUACAUCAGAAACUAUAAGCAAAAGCGAUAGGCCUUUCCACUGUGGCCAGAUGUGCACUUUAGCUUAGAAACUGGUCGAGGGACUCUGCUUCAAAGAAUUUCCUAUGACUUUCCCUUUGAACAGCGGAGACUCUUUGGGUCCCAACUUAUGAUUUACUUAAACAGGUGGCAGAAGUGAAAAAGGCCUUACCUGAAGAUUGGAAAAAAGUUAAGUGGAAUAAGCCUUUAUUCUAUAGAAACAGGUCUUGAAGACCGAGACAAUGUUUUGAUUACAAGAAAAAGGAAAAGACUAAAGAUUACAGAUUAUUACACUAGAGCUAUAGGAGGAAGACUUCUGACUUUCGCUUACCAGUGUGAAAAUACCAUUAGUGACAACUGGGUACUUUCCAUUGUUAGAAGAGAAUACCAAUCAGAGGUAAGGGAAUGUUGUUUUGUAGUCUCCCAGAACUGCCUCAGCUCUUUUUACAGAAGUCCAGUCAUUUUUAAAGAAAAUCUUCCACAGGAAGAUUUUCGUGAACAUAUUUAAGGCUAUUUAUAGUCCAGAACCCAGAUGGUUCAUUUAGGCCCUUCCCCGAUUUAAAAGCAGUCAGUCUAUUAAUAAUCAAGAAAAGAAUCUGUAUGGAGACCAUCUCUCAGCAACACUAAUUCAAACAAGAAGGGUCUUGGCUAAGUUCUCUCAACCUCAAAGCUACCUAUCUGCAUAUCUCUUUUGCAGUAGUGUAUACUCUCAGGAGAAAAUAUUUUGCGAACUCAACUGCAUUUGAAAUAAUAAACUUGAUACCGUCACUUUAAGAAAAUAUUUAUUUAAAUAAAGGAAAUUAACUUUGACAGUCUUCUGCAACAAUAAUGUUUUAAAAUAAUAAUGCAUGAAUGCACAGGAAACACAAGAAAAUAGCAAAUAUAAAAUUAAGUAAAUGCUUAAUUUGCAACAAUUAGGAUAGUCCAAUAGACUUUAAAUAAGGAAUGCUUCAUUAUCAGUAAGCAGUAUAGUCCAUAUGACUUCAAUACGGUUGCCAGAGCAGGUGAAUCAUGCAGUACAAAGUAACAGUCUCUUAAUAUGGAGAAUUUAUUUUGGAAAUGAAAUAUAUCCUGGUAUGAGUAGUGGUUGUAGUUAAGAGUCCAAUAAUAAUAAUAUCAUUGAGUUGUUUGUCAAAUGAUUUAUUCAAAUAGAGAUAGUAAGUAGAAUCCCAGAGGGCAGACUUUGGUAUCCCUUAUCCUUCCCAGUUAACAUAAGGUUAGAACCAAUUAACAAUUGCAUUCACUGGGGAACUUAUCUUGCCUUUCCUGAAUGAUAGGAGUUGAAGUCCUUCCCACCGUGGAAUGAAUUAUGGUUCCUUGAAGUAAGGGAAGAGAUGCAGGAAUCCAAAGUUAAGUCUGUUCUUUUAGUGGGAGAGUGGAGGAGAGCCAGGAUCAAAGACAGAGGUUCAGUACACAGGAAUUCAGAUUAGCAGAGUUCUGUAGCGAAGCGGCAACAAUGUAUCAAGUAGCGAGAGCACAUCAAACACAAGAGAUUGAUUGAGCACUUUAGAUGUGGUCGCGGCUUCCUUUUGAAGGGAAGCGCAUGAUGUCAGACGCAUGGGCGGAGAUUGAGCAACAAAACCCUGAAAAACCGAUCGGGUUGAAAGCCAAAAUGGAAAGGUUCCGAGACAAUAUGGAGGAAUCCUGACAAGUAUCCUGACAAGAAGGCAAAACAAAUCCUAAGAUUUUGCAUCAGGUGGGAAGAAUUUCAACAUAAUCAAUUCAGGGCCCUUCCAUUUGGUCUUUCCUCAGCCCUGCAGGUGUUUACCAAGAUUCUGGUAGUCAUCACAGCGGCCCUGUGAAGAAAAGGUCUCGGUAUUGUCCAUAUUUAGACUAGUGACUCCUUUUAGUGACCUCAGAACAGUAACUCCUAAAAAACAUAAGAACAGCUCAGAAUGCCAAAGCACACAUGAAUGGAUUCUAAAUCAAGAGAAAUUGGAAUGGUUCCUACACGAUCUAUUCAGUUUUUGGGUCAUCAUAGAUUCUGUCCAGAUGAAGAUAUUCCUCCCAGAAGAGAAGAAAACUUAGAUCUUCAGAUCUACAAACAAAAAAAGAUCUGGUCUAUAAGGGAAGCAAUGAGGCUUUCGUGCCUCUUUACAGUUGCUGGUCCAGGACAAGAAUGAGGCCUUCACAGAAAUAAAUUUUAGCAGAGUGAGAAGUUUCCUCUCUAGACCAAUCCAUAAAUGUUUGGCUUUGAAUAUUAAGAAGUUUCCAGUGGUGGGCGACCUAUCCAUUUGUGACAGGCGGCCUUUCAUUCCAGAUGAAGAAUUAUCUUAUAGUCACCAUGGAUGCCUCAGUAUUCGGUUGGGGAUCCCAUCUAUGGAAACAGGUAAUAAAUGGACAAUGGAUACUGCAAUUGGGUGAGCACCACUACUAGACUCAGCUAUGGGUACUACUGUGAAUUGUCCCAAGCCUGCUGCCAAAGUAUAAAGUUUCAAGUUAGGAAUGCUCAGAUCUAGAUUGAAUCUAUGCUAGGACAAUUUGUGUAGUACAAGUCUAGGACUUUUUUGUCACCAAAGAAAUUUAGAGAAAAGCUGAUUUUUAAAAGUUUCUCUUAUGAGCGUGAGAGUAAUAUGGGUAGAACCUGAAAAGGCUACAGGAGUUUGGGUAUUCCAGCUUAUUUUAAGAGCGUAUCAUGUCCUGAGAGAGAUGGUACUCUCUAGUCACUAGAUAUUUUACUACAGCAAAAAGUUGCUUUAAGGUGUUGUUGUAUAUAUCCGAUAUUUUUUAUUUUUUUUGGAAUUAGAACUCCUAAAUAUCUAAAGUUUGAAGUUGUCCAUGUUAAGGUGUAUUGGCAGGCCUCAACAGAGUCGCAAAGCUUUCCGCUAGGACCAAUUAAUUUGAAAACCUGUGAUUAGCCUGUAUCGACGUUGCAGGGUCUGCAAGAUGAAGUAAAAGGUCGUCAGCAAAGCCAGUGAGUUUGAUAGUAUUCUUUUGAGUCUUUGCCGUUUUUAUUAUUUUUGUGGAUUGUUUGGAAUACAGAUCUCUCAUGAACUUCUGGAACUGGAUUCCGAAAAAGCAAUGUGGCCAAGAUACCUGUUCAAAGGGUCUUUGUGCAUCUAAGUUUAAAGGGAUCCUAUAGUGGCAGGAAAACAAACCCAUUUUCCUGGCACUAUAGGGUUAAUAGGUACCCCUCCCUCGUGCCCCCCCCUCCCGUGGGUCUAAAGGGGUUAAAACCCCUUCAGCCACUUACCUAAUUCCAGCACUGAUGUCCCUCGGUGCUGGGUCAAGCUCCGCCCACGCUCCUUCCCCGUCAUCAGCCAGCGGGGAGACCUAAUGCGCAUGUGCGGGAAUCAACGGCGUACAUCCCGCGGUCGCAAAAGUCUCGGCUGCGACCGGACCCGCCACUCCAGGGGGCCCGGCCUCCCUGCGGACCCCUGUGACCGGGUAUCUGAUGCCAUCAUCUUCUACCGCUACAUGGGUUGGGGUCAGUGAUGGACCUUAUUAGGCAAUCUACCUGGGGCAGAUAGGAAGGUUCUCUUGCAUGCGUUGCAUACUCAUGGCAAGUGAUUUAGUUCAGGGAGUUCGAGGCUCUGUAAUCAUGUGGGGGGGGGGGAGGCAAGGGGAGGAGUGGUGUACCAAGGGACCAGCUUGGAGCACCUUGUAAAUUAGUUACCGGCGAGUGCCUCUGUGGACUGUUUGGUAGCAUUUGAGUCAAUAAACUAACAGUAAAAAUAAAAAUUAUAAAGCAUCAACAAACAUAUAUGCAUAUGACUCUGGUAAGUCAAACAGAGUAUGGGUUAGGCCAAGGUAAAAUGAGUAUUACUCCCAUCCAAGGGAGAUCAGCCCGGAGCUGAGGAGCCCGAUGGGGUGAAGACCUCUACAUUCGCCACAUCCCAUUGGUGAGGGAGCCUGACUGGCUUGUUAGUGGCUGUAUUAGCCGUUAGUCCCAGGGAGCACUUGAAGGUAUCUGCUCCCGAUAGGGACGUCAGCCUGAAUCUUCAGCCUUCCUUUUUGGCUAUGAGUGCCCUGGGGUAUCCCCAUUUGUAGGAGUUGGAUGCUGCUCGCAGUUGGGAUGUCACUUAUUCCAGCGUUGCACGCCACUGCAAGGUUGACCUGGAAGAAGGUUAGAGGGUGCUCUUCAAAUAUGUAUGGUGGUUGAUCUCUAGUGGCUUUCAGGAACACUUCAUUGUCGCUGCGUGACCUAAAGCACAGGAUGACAUCUAUUGGUGUCUUGGUCUUGGGGUUUGGCCGAGCAGGCAAGCGAAAUAGCCCUUCAAGUAGGGUUCCCUUUGCCUGUCAAGGCGGUGGAGAACCGUCUCUGAAUAAAUUGCAGUAGCUCAGCUCCGUCGAUCGUGUCUGGGAUCCCCCGUACCUUCGAAUUGCGUAGUCGAGCACUGUCCUCUAGCUGCCCAAUUCUGACAUUAAGGUGCUCGCAGGUAGAGCUGAGGUUGUUUAUUUGUGUUGCCGAAGACUCUUUUGGAUUCUGAGGUCUUGAAUAUCCUCUUCCGUGGCCUUAAUGCGGCCUGUCAGCGUGCCCAGAUCCUCCCAAAGCACGGCUAAUUCAGAGGCAAAGAAGGCCUUUAGGUCUGAGACCAUGAUUAUGAGGUCUAACUUUGAGGCUGUCGCUGGACCUGUCCCCGAUAUCUGCGGGGUGGGGAUGGAGCUUCCGAGAGGUCAAGAUCCUCAUCUGAGGCCGUAAUCGAGCCCUGGAACGAAUCUAGACGGAGGUCCGCCAUCUUGGGCCUGCUCGGCUGAGUGAGCAGCAGGCCCAUAACCCUGGUGUGCCGUUCACUGGGCCCCCAGGAUUUUCUGGAGUGUUUCCCCAUGGCGUGCUGGAGUUUCUGGCAGUCCGGUAUAUCUCAACCUGAUGCGUGGAGCAGCCAAAAAACAAGAUAAUAGCUCGUUGGUCAGCCCUGCCCCCAGUUCUCACUUUAUUGAAUCUAUCCAUCUAUCAAACUUCUACCUGUAAAAAGUCAGGUCUCUUGUAUGACAGUGUAACUUUACAAGACAGUGCCAAAUGCAUAGGUUGGAGGUAUUGUUUAAUUCAGAGGAAUUUGCUGACGAUAAUUGUUUUGGGGGGUUUUUGUGUUUUUUUGUUUUUUUUGUUGUUGUUUUUUUUUUUGUGUACAUAUUUUUAUUUGAUUGCAUUUUUUACAUUCAUUUUUUUUAACACAAGCUUUGACAUAAUCUGAUGACAAAAUGUCAGCAUGUUAAUGCACAAUAUAUACCAUAUGAAAUACCCUAAAGCAGUGAUGGCGAACAUUUUUUAGCCCGAGUGCCCAAACCGCAAUACAAACCAACCUUUUUUCCUCAAAGUGCCAACACGGCAAUUAACUACGACAAUUAUACACACAGACACUCACAUAUAUACACACACACUGACACACACAUACUUACAGAUGCACAUACAUACACUGAUACUCACAGACACACCCACUGACAGACACACAGUGACUGACACACUCACUCACAGACACACACACUCAUUGACAGACACAGAGUGACUGACAGAUACACACUCAUACACAUUUCCCCCAACACUCACAAAUUACUAUUAUUUAUUUUUUUUCUUUUAAUUUUAAUUUAACUCCAUCCAGACUCCGUGGGAGAACUGGAGUGUAUUCCUCACCUGGGGUCCAGUGGGGCUGCUUGUGCUGCUGGACAAGAAGGCAGGAGGCGAACUGGCAGAGUAUGUGGCAAGGGAGCUCUGAUCUUACUGCUCAGCUCCCUUGCAUGCCGCUUAUUGAUGCGUGAGCUGGUCUGAUGUCAUAUUAAGAGCUCAGGCUACAGCACUCCCUCGCCGCAAGCCCGCAAUAGAAACUGCCACAAAGUUGGCCAGCUCUUGGGCCCCCUGGGACACGAGGCUAACAAGGCAGUGCCGACCAAGGCAAAUGCCUUGUUAGCCUUGCGGUGAAUACACCACUGGCCACCCUACCGGCGACCUAUGGCCGCGUGCCCACAGAGAGGGCUCGGCGUGCCAGCUGUGGCACGCAUGCCAUAGGCUCGCCAUCACUGCCCUAGAGUGUCUACUUUUAUUACGGUAGACCAGCGAUAGGCAACCUUCGGUACUCCAAAUGUUGUGCACUACAUCCCCCAUACUGCUCUUACACACAUAAUGCUGGCAAAGCAUCAUGGGAGGUGUAGUCCAAAACAUCUGCAGUGCCUAUGCCUAUGGUAGACCUUUGUGGGGUGAUUUGAACAGUCAGCUAUAAUGGCCCAAAAUGAGACACCGGCCCAUCAAAUCAGUCUAUCAACAGUCUUACCAUAAAAACUGAAAUGGGCAGGUCUUCUUAUAGGCACUGUAGCUGCACAGAUAGUGACAGAUGUAUAUAUUGGGGAUAUUGUUGGUCUCAGAAGAUGUAAAUGAACACAAUAUGGGGUUUUGUACAGGAGUAGUACAUAUCAGGUUUACAAAAUACACAUUUAAGAAGAAAUUUAAAGUGUGUUAGUGUAUGUUAAAUAUCAGAAGGAUGCGGGGCCUGAGCGUCAUGGCGGCCACUCUGCAUUAUUCUUUCUUAGAUUUGCAAUCUGGUCGGUCCCAGUAGUUUCAGCUUUUCACAUUAGCAUGACUACAAUAUAUGAUUUAUAAAUAAUACUCAUGUCUAUUUAAUUUCCUAAUUCUUACACAGCACUUCUUCUGUUUAAAUUUUGGACAUGACUGACUAGCAUGAUAAGAUUGUUACACUUUUUAAUUUUGUGCAGCACUCUUGAUAUGCCAUGUACUGUGUUCAUUGUCACAUAUUUUACCAUGCUUAUUUUUGCUAUAUUGGCAUUGCCAUUUUGUAUGUCUACAUGCACAAAAAAAUUAGGAAUUAAAAACAAAAUCGGAAGACACUGUUUUACUACAAUAUUUAGCAGAGAUUUGCAAUUAAAGGGCAACGUAAAAUGUGACAAAAUAAGGCAAAAAGCCUGUGCUGUCUUCUUAGCAUGAAUAUAUACUUUUUACAUGGCAAUUUGUUUUGUUUAAUAACCAUCUCAGAAAAUCAAACAUACCAAAUGCUAAAAUCGAUCCACAUUGAAAUUGUCACUCCUUGUAUUCUGUGACCCAUAACUACCAAAAACAAACUGAAAUCCAGAUAUCUGAUGUACUCUGUAAAUCAGGGCAAAUAAAUUAAUUUAUUUCUAAUUAACUUUCUUAAGCUGCAUUAAUUAUGCAUGCAUAGUUAUUGACAAAACUGUGGAAUUAUAUUUUUGUAUUUUCAUUUAUAAUGUAACUUUGUAAAUGUAUAUUAAAUCCCCCUUUCUCAUUUCAAUACAGUAUGUAAUAUUUGUUGAUGCAAUAAAUGAGUGAGAUGGAAAUUGUGGUUGCACAUACACAUACCAAAAAUUGCUUGUGUCCUUAAAGGUACCUUAUAGGGUGAGGAACACAAACAUAUAUUCCUGCCCCAAUAGUGCUAAAACACUAUCUAUCCCCCCUGCCCCAUACACCCCUAAAUAUAGUAAAAUCUUACAAUUAUUCCAGUCUGCUGGUACUGGCUCUGCCCCUGAUCUGUCUCCUUGGCUGACAUAAUCAGAAGUAGUUAUCUUAGCCAAUCACAUAGGAAAGAAUUGGAUUGGCUGAGAUUGUCAAGGAGUUGGUCUAGUGGCAAAGCCAAACGCCACGCUUGCCAAUCAGCAUCUCCAUGCAGAGGGUGGAGACACUGAAUGUAGCUGUCUGAGGAGUGGCCACAGGAAGUAUCCCUAGGCCGUAAUGUUAACACUGCCUUUUCUUUGAAAAAAAACAGUGUUUACAAAAAAAGUCUGCAGUUAAUUACAUUAAGCUGUAGUUGUUCUAGUGACUAUAGUGUCUCUUUAAGUACAAAAAAACAAGCCAACAGAAGCUGUGUCCUUACGGGGUUAAGCAGGUUCUACUGUGUGUUGCCUUGUUUUAAGCAAAAAAUAGGAACAUUGUAUUCUAUCCUGUUAAUUACAUGAGUUCUUAAUGUUAUGUUGUCUGAUGGUUCACAUUGAGUCCCUUAUAACAUUUGUAGUUGCUCUGCAAAUAUUGUCUCAAAUGAGAAUAAGAAAAAUGGGCUAUAAAGGCAAAUUUUGGAUGUUUACUUGAUCGCAGAAACAAGCAGUUCAUGUAUAUUUUAUUUUUAAAGUACAACUAGUCUAAUAACAUCUGUUUUUCUAAUAGAUGGCUCUGUGAGUCGGGGUGUACCUGAAGGGUAUCAAGCCUCCAUUCCUUCCCCUGAUUGUGUAAAAGAAGAUAAAACUGAGAAGGUUAUCCAAGGAACAAAAUGCCGCAGGAAAAAUAUACCCAGAAAGUUGCAGAGCCAACCUAUAACAGAUAUGGCAAUGGGCCCAAUCAAACAGGAAGAUGAAAAUAUGACAGACACUGACAUUUAUCAACCUGCCGAACAUGCCUAUACAGACUAUACAGCUACCCAUAUUAAAGAAGAACCAGUGUCGUGUGAUGAAGGAAACCUCUCAGAUACUGAUAUGUAUAUGCAUAAAGAACAUGCAUACACAGAGUACACAUCUACUAAUCUCAAGGAGCAGUUAGCUGAUUGUGAUGAAGGAAAUCUUACAGAAGAUAACAUUUAUACAUCCACUACACAAACCCAGACAGAUUAUACAUCUACACCUAUUAAGGAGGAAUCAAACUCGGGUGGAGAAGAAAUUCGUGUAGAUCCUAGCAUGUAUUCACUCAUAGAUUAUGCCCAGGCAGGAUUCUCAUAUCCUGAACCUUUUCCACCUAAACCAGAUCCUCCCCGUCCAAAACGUAUUAGGCCAAAACUGUUUGUAUGUCCAGAAUGUGCAAAAUGUUUUCCAAGUAAUGCAGAACUUAUUAGACAUCAUAGGACUCACACAGGAGAAAAGCCGUUCUCCUGCACAGACUGUGGGAGAGCCUUCUCCAAAAAAUCAAACCUUAUUACACAUUACAAACUUCACACAGGGGAGAAAGCCUUUGCAUGUGCUCUGUGUGGAAAAUGUUUCACACACAAGUCAGAUCUAGUUAAACAUGAGAGAAUUCACACUGGAGAAAAGCCAUUCUCAUGCCCUGACUGUGGGAAGUGUUUCACUGAUAAAUCAAAUCUUGUUACACAUCAAAGGUUGCAUACAGGGGAGAAAUUAUUCUCCUGCUCUGUAUGUGGGAAGAGUUUUACCAAUAGUUCCAAUCUUGUAACACACCAGAGGAUUCACACAGGGGAGAGACCAUAUGUGUGCUCUGAAUGUGGAAAACGUUUCACCCAUAAAUCAGAUCUUGUUAAACAUCAGAGAACCCACACUGGGGAGAGGCCAUUCGCAUGUAAUGUGUGUGGGAAAUGCUUUACUGAUACAUCAAAUCUUGUUACACAUCAAAAGAUUCACACAGGUGAGAAACCAUUCUUAUGUUCAAUCUGUGGGAAAUGCUUUAUCAAUAAUUCGAGUCUAGUUAAGCAUCAGACAGUCCACACAGGAAUUAAGCCUUAUCUAUGCGCUGAAUGUGGGAAAUGUUUUGCAAAUAGUUCAAAUCUUACUAAGCAUCAGAAGUUAAACAAGGCACAUAGACAGCUGGCAGCCUCACAACUGGCAGCCUCACAACUAGCGAGUCAACAGUUGGUCCCCUCCACACUGCCAUCUACUCAAGUGGCCUCCUCCCCACUGCCAUCUUCACAAUUGGCAUCCUCACCACUUCCAUCUUCACAACCAGCAUCCUCACCAUUACCACCUUCUCCACAACCGUCUUCGCCGCUACCAUCUUCCUAA